AUGGCCCACCAUCACCAUCAUCACCACCACCAUGCAGCCACAGCAGCACGGAUAAGCAGGUCCAGCAGCUCUACAGGCCUUGACCAUCCAGAGGCGACAUCCCCGCCGCCGAUUCUGACGACGACAAACGCCGGCAGCCUCCGUGGGCCAAUCUCCAUUUCCACCAACACCAGAGCACGAAGCUCGUCGUCGUCGGCAUUUUCACCAGUCUCACCCACAAACGAGUCGUCAUACACACGCGCAGAACUCCAGACGAUUGCAGAGAGCUUGCUUGCCCACGUCAACUUUGGACCUUAUCAUCUCGCGUCCUCCCCAGUCCCCAGUUCUGCCAUUCGUGCAGCUAUGCAGCCAGUCCCCUCUGCAUCUACCGUCAACCCGCCUCUGUCUUCUUCCUCGUACUCGUCAAGCAGCCAACAACUCUACAAUCCCUCCCUCGCCUCGUCUUCUUCCACUAUCCAUCCAGCCUUUGACAAGGAAAACCUCUCCGCAUCGACCCCGCCACCCUCGCACCCAUGA